UUUCUGAGUUUCUCUCCCUCUAUGUUAAUUUCCUAUCCCAUCCCUCAGCCUUGAGACUUUACCAUUUCCGCUCUUCUUCUUCUUCUUCUUCUUCCAAUUUCAACGAUGCCGAUCCGAAGAAAACUUGAGGAUGCUGUGCCAAUUCUGCUUGGUCUUCUUUCUGAGGAAGGGACCAAAGGCCCCAACACUCAAGAUCCUCCAGUGUCCAACACCCCAGAUCAUUAUGCGUUGUUGAAACAAAUCAGAGAGUACUUUGAGAACAGACAAGAUCUGUUCCGUGACCUCAAGAGAACGGAAGACAAACUCCUGGAGAAUUUCACUGCUCUUGAAGAAGAGAUCGACAACUCUAAAUACGGCAGUGAUGGCAGCCGAGGGGAGCACUCUCUUUCAGACAGAUUCAAGAGCAUAACAGUCGACGUUUCUGAAUUCGAACGUUUGGAAUUAAAGAAGAGCGAGGAAUCACCCAAAAAUAAUGAGUCAGAGGCUCAGGAAAUGGAGAUUUCAAAGAAAUGGUCUGAAUUAAAGGUGGAGCAUGACAUACUUAACGAUUCAGUACUUUCUCGUUUUCAGUUGAGCUAUGACAACAUUAUGGACAUUGAUGUUACUGGCAUUGAUGGUAAGAAGCAUCUCAUUCCUGGUCGUAACAUCAAGCUGUGUCUGCUAUGUUUCUCCGUAUUUCCGCCCAAAUCGGUCAUCAAAAAGAGGCCCUUGAUUUAUUGGUGGCUUGGGGAGGGUUUGAUCACCGAGACGGAAGAUGGAGAACGCAUCUUUGGGGAGCUGAUCAAGAAGGGCCUUCUAAUUGCAAAAUACAAGCCAAAUGAGCAAGACAAGAAUCCUAUUGUGGAUAGCUGUACAAUGCACUCUUGGAAUCGCCUUAUGCUGAUCUCGGUUGCAAAAAGGGCUCAGUUCUUUGAUUUUGAUGAUGACACAGGAUUACCUGCUAAUCACGGCACCAGCUCUCGCCGCAUGUGUUUGGUAAAGCAACGCUUGAAUAAGCAAACCCCUCCAAAUGGGGAGGCUUCUAGACAGGAUCACACACAGCAGCACCAAAACAGUUCCAGUAGGGCUGCAUCCACGGAGCAUCGUUUAUUGACUUUGUUCAAUGUGAAUGAGCAAUAUGUCAAUAUCAGCAAUAUUAGAGGGUUUUCAGAGGAGAACAAAAUUGAGGUUCUUCAGCUUGGGAGGUGGCAGGAUUCAGCCAAGCACCAUAUAGAAGUCGAAAAUGAAGACUUCUUGAAAGCUCUGGGGAGCAAGAAGCACUUGAAGUAUCUCAGCCUGCGAGGAAUUUCAAGAAUCACUGAAAUACCUUCCUCCCUUCGCAAGCUCAUUAAUCUUGAAAUACUGGAUCUCAGGGCGUGCCACAAUCUGGAGAAACUACCAUCUGACAUUUCAGCUUUGAAGAAGCUCACGCAUCUAGAUAUAUCAGAGUGCCACUUGCUAGAAAGCAUGCCCAAGGGCCUGGAGGAGCUGACUUCGCUCCAAGUGCUAAAGGGUUUUGUGGUAGCAACUUCAAAAAGAAGCCCUUGCAAGCUUGAAAAACUUGCUGUCUUGGACCAACUUAGAAAGCUGAGUAUAUAUAUCAGAAACGAAGCUUAUAUGGAAGAGCUUGAUAAGUUGAGAAAGUUUUCAAAGCUUCGCAUUCUAUCGAUAACAUGGGGAGAAAGAGGAGCACAGGGUCCAAAAGAACAACCAGGAAAGCAAGCUACUGAGAGUAAGCCUUUCCCCUUUCCUCCCAAAUUAGAGAAACUGGAUCUUUGGUGUAUCCCUGAAACCGACCCAGCUUGGUUAGACCCUGGUGAGCUUCUGAGUUUAAGGAAGCUGUACAUUAGGGGAGGAAAGCUUGUUAGUUUCAAGGAGAGUAAUACUGGUAAGAAGUGGGAAGUUCAGAUUUUGCGUUUGAAAUAUCUACGUGCUUUCGAUGAAAACAAACCCUGGCGGCGAAACUUCCCGUACCUCUGUUACUUGGAGAUAGUAAAGAAAGCUGAGGAUGAGCAUCGAGCCAGCAGCAGCAGGUCUAACUGAUCACCACUAGCUUGCUCCACCCAUCACUGUGUCUUACUUGUAUCUUAAUUUCUCCUACUACUUGAAAAUUCUUGGUGAUUCUAGUUGUUGCAACUGUAAAACUAUAAAAUUACUCAACUGCAUUGCAAGUGUGCCUGAUUUAACUUGAUCA